AUGGCUUUUCCUCAACGACCUUGGCAACGCGCAAAGGGAAUUGAAUGGAUGUGGCAAUCGAACGGGAAUCCUUUCGAUCUAUCGCAAAAAUCAGAAUGGAAGAGUUAUUCAGAUGUUGAAACUAUAGUCAUAGAAGAAGCGUAUCAGAAGAAACAGCUGGCAGUGUUACUCGAUCAAUAUCAUAUUAAUUUAGAGCAACUUAUUCAAGUUUCGAAUAUCGAUGAGAAAAAACAACGGCCCGUCAAACGAAUUGCUCUGAAUACUACACAGUGGAGAAUAAGGAAAGAACGCUUUCUUGCCGAUCCUAUUGAACCUUCUAAACCGUUUUCUACAACCCGUUCGCAUGAUUUCCUCGUCGAAACAGUGGCAUAUUAUAACCUUUGGCACACCGAUGAAUCUCGUUUGCUCAUAGAAAAAGCAGCAGAAGGACUUACCAUCGAAGGCAAACUGCUUGGUAAAGAAUGGGAGGGACGACAAAUGGCAGAACUGUUACUUCUCUACAAGGAUUAUUCUCGGGAAGAAAUUGUACAAAUGUGUGCCUAUCUGUAUUCGUUGGACUCAUUUCUCUAUCGAAAACUAACGGAAAUCAUGCGUCUUAUUGAAGACAAACGCUAUGAACAUGUGUGGAAGAGUAAAGUGCCCACUUUGGGUCCUUUCGCUUAUCUGCUGAACUGUAUGGCUACAGAAAUGAAAUAUACAAUAGAUUUACCGGUAGAAUCCAUGACAGUCUAUCGUGGAUGCAACUUGUCUGCGGAAGCAAUUGAAAAAUUCAAAGCAUUUCAUACGAAACAUCAAGCACAUAAAUACCACACAUCAUGGAUUUCAUUUUUAUCAUUUACAUCGACCAGUCGAAGUAGAAAAAUAGCAGAGAUUAUGAGUGGUAAUGUACUCUUCAUAAUUAAAAUUUGUCCUCAUUACGAAGGUUGUGAUAUUUCUCCAUACUCGUUAUUUGACGAAGAAGAGUUUCUUCUCAUACCGACAUUCUCAUUCUUGAUUGUUUCAUGUGAAUACGACGAGCAUAUUCACAGAUGGACUAUUGGUCUUAAAUCGGCUAAUUCUUUUCAUACUUCGGAAUGUUAA